AUGGGUCUACAGGCUCAGACUCUCGUCUCGGCUUCAUGGCUCUCAAAUCUGGUGAAACGGAACCUUGUUGGACCGAGUCUCCGGAUCCUGGACACGUCCUGGUACCUGCCAAUGAUGAACCGAGAUGGAAAGAAGGAGUUUGCUCAGUCCCACAUUCCCGGGGCUUCGUUCUUUGACAUCGACGAGUGUUCGGACCGGACCUCGAGGUUCGACCACACUCUCCCCUCAGAACCACAGUUCGCGGACUAUGUUGGGAACUUGGGUAUCGGGAAUGACAGCCAUGUGGUCGUGUACGACGCCAGUGACUUUGGGGCUUUUUCCUGCACCAGGGUCUGGUGGAUGUUCCGGUUGUUUGGGCACACUAAAGUCUCGGUCCUGGACGGGGGGUUUAGGAAUUGGGUCAAAGAGGGCCAUCCGGUCUCGGGGACGUACACUAAACCAGAGUCAGUCCGCUUCACAGCAACAAUGAACCGGUUCUGGGUCAAGUCAUUCGAGGACGUUACGAAGAAUAUCGAGACCCAGAACUUCCAGGUGGUGGACGUCAGGCCCUACGAGAGAUUUCGUGGAGUAGAACCGGAACCAAGAGAAGGUAAGUGGGUCCAAGCAGUCUCAAGGUUCUGGGGGAUUUGACCCCAAAGACUGUGGACUGAAACUCAUGAACUCCCGAGUCAGUACCCCACAGAUUUGAAGCCCAGAUUCCACUGUAAUCUGCAUUAAUGACGUUCAAAAGAGAUCAAUACCUUCAUUGAUGAUUUUGUAUUUGAUUAUUAAUGCCUGAAACUGGUACAAGGAGGUAAGCGCCUCCUGAGCAGCUUAAGAAACACCAACGUUUUACAUUUUCCACGUCCAAAAUUCAGUAUUAAUGAUUCUUUGACUGUCAGACGUCAGCAGGAUGAGAUUUUUUAACAGACGAUAAUAUUUAUGCAUAUAAAGGACAUAUUAAUAACUACAUUAGAUAAGUUUGCUGAGUAUAAAGUUACACCCAUCAACAUACAUCUUUGUAGACCAACUUUAUUCCACCUCUAAAAGUUACACCAUCUGGCCUUAAGCCUUCACUAGUUUUAUUUCACAGAAGUUUUUAAGUUUGUUUCUUGAAAUCAUUUCCUCAGUUUCUGUAUAUUUAACAAUUUUAAGAGAAUUUAAAUAAGUACUGCGCACAUUAAAUCAAAUCUAAUCAAAUUUAGGAGAAAUAAAAUUAUAUUCAACUAUUGUUUUGAUUUAAGAUACUUAGAUUUAUCACUGUGUCAUAAAAUCUGAGGACAAUACUCAAACCACUGUUUGAAGAUAGUUGAACAAUAAACUAAUAACAUUUUGGUUUUUAUGGCAGCCAUCAACAUCUCACUUGACUUCUUGUGUAGUUGUGAAUGAUUCAGACAGCUUUAUUCACCAAUAGCCUAUUAAUUGUAGCAACACAUUAUGCUCCUCUUUUGCAACCUGCAGUCAAACCCCUCCUUCUAGGUCCUUUAGGGUCCUUCAGCCAUUGGUUCCAUUAUUAAAACCCAAAAUGGGGAGCUGGUUGGCCGAGCAGUUUAGGCGUGCACCCCAUAUACAAAAGCUGUAGUCCUUUGUUUGGCUUGGCCUGUUUUCUGUUUUCUCUAACUUUCUUAUCUAAUACAGUCAAAUAUUAGAUAAGAUUAGAUACAACUUCAUCUUUUGGGAAGUUUGGCUCAAGAAUUAAAGAUUUAAGAAGAAAUGAAGCCCAAAGGAAAUGGUGGCCAUAACAGAAAUGCUUCAUCUGACAUCCGACUUUUGACAACUUCUGUUGUUUGAGCCCAGAGGUGGAGUUUAGGUGUCAGCUUUUUGACCUGACUAAUGAGAAAAACGAUUAAAACUGUGACCACUAUGAGAAAAAAAGGUUAUCAAGGCUAUUUCAUAUUUGUGUCUACUUUUCUGUGCUAUGUGUGUGAGAAUAAACUCUUAAUGAUUUCUCAGGUGUGGAUCCAGGUCACAUCCCCGGCUCUAAAUGCAUGCCUUUCUACGACUUCCUCAAUGAUGGCGGCAUGAUGCUCUCCACAGACGAGCUCAGAAAGUUUUUCGAGAAGUCACAAGUGGAUCUUAAGAAGCCAAUCUGUGGAACAUGUGGCUCCGGUGUGACCGCCUGCCACAUGGUGCUGGCUGCUCAUCUGUGCGGCACGCCAGGGGUGGCUGUGUAUGGCGGAUCUUGGUAUGAGUGGUUCACCAAAGCCCCUCCAGAGCACAUCAUCUCUGAGUCCAAAAACAAGCUUAGAGAAGAAUAA